AUGGCAUCGGUUGUGGCGUUUCUUUUCCCCCUCAUCGUCCACCAACCGACUCCUUUUCACGUCUUUGUUUCUCUUUUUUUUUUCUUUUUCAAUGGACUUUUAGGGAGCACGCAAGCAGUAGCGGCGGUGGCGCUGGUGUGGAAACGAAUGAGUGCAACACCACAAUUAGGAGGGGAAACUGACACCUCAGGUGACGUGCGGAGUCGAGUUGGCUCACAACUGCUGCUUCGAAAGUUUCCUCUACUCGCCAAAGCACGCGCAUACGCCCAGGAAACCCCAGAUGACCCGCGGGCGGAAUGUAAUCUGUUGUGCUACGGAUCUGAUGUUUAUCGCAUUUAUUCCUUAACUUCAGCGGAAAUGGACGGCAGCGGUGUGAUAUUUAGCAACCCGCAAAAACGGCAGCGGACUGACGAUGAGCCGUCAAAUGGCGAUGGCGGAGCACUUCUGCGGUCAAUAGACGACAGGGUAGCGCUGCCAACACAAUUAGGUUUCCUCACGUUGUUGGAGAACGAACUCCGUAGGUCAGAAACUGCGCUGCGAAGUGCAGCUCAAAAAAGCAAAACACCAGAAAAGGAGACAACGGAUGACAAUGAGAAGGGAAAGAAAGCAAAAAAUAGAGAUGGAACGGUAAGCCACAGCCAAGAAGGCGGAGAGGGAAAGACGACACAAAAUGAUAGCGGCGUGGAACGUGGAUUCCCCCAUCACAAGGAGGAGGACCGCUUGAUAUUGGAAGCUAUUCGCAAGCCGCUAGACGGGGGAAUGCGUUCAGCGGGUGCGCACAACAACGGCUCCUGCGGCUCGGAAAAAGCGCCCGGGGGCGAUCAGAACUCCAGCAGGGGUGUGGCUGGGAGUGGGAAAGUGGAAGAGCGGUUGCAGUGGGAAAUUAUGGCUGAAUCCAUCAUGAGUCGUAGUGAAGUAGUUGCCGGGACGGAAGGAACUGGUGGAGACGCCGUGCGGUCGUACCUGCGGCGAGUUGCAUGGAUAGAACAACAGAAGGGUCGGCAAUCACUUACGAAUUCGGCUGCGGAGACGGCCCCACAUGGUGAGCAAUUAUGGUCAAAUAUGACUGAAGCUGCGAGGGUUCAAAAGGAAAUCAUGCGUAUGCGCGCACAACGGAAGCAGUUUCACCGCGAGCGCAAGAAGGGUGAGUAA